AACUUUUUAGAAACUUUAUUUCUUGUUGACCUAACAUUUUGCUAAGAAUGACAUAUUCAUUAACUGAGUUUUGUUUCAUUUAUGCCUGUUCGGACAUAGUUGGCGCUGUUUUUUUCACAAUAUGAAGGUUUACACGCGGCUCUGUGGGGAAGAUCUCCUUCAUGCGGCCAGUAACACUUGACACUAAACAUAAACAUUUAAGACUGAUGAGUUAAAUUGAUUCCCUUAUAGUUUUAGCUUAGUUUGUUCUUGUUUGGAGGUAGUUGGCGCUAUGUUUGGGCACAGCGUGAGGCUUUUAUUAUUUUAUUACACGCAGCACUGUGGAGAAGAGCUCCUUCAUGUGGCCGCUGGCUGCACCUCGUCAUGAAGCUUGUUGUGUGUAGUGUAGUGUGGUGUUUGUGGGCGAUCCUGUUCCUGUUAAAAAGUGACAAGAGGCGCAGGCUCUGUUUGCACAAAUUCUUCCAAAAAAUAGCUGCUUAGGGGAGCAGAUCCCGGCUGUAGUCCUCGUUCCUGUUAGUUAUUGUUGAUUUUCCGCGUAAAUAUUUAGCGCACAGGUGGUCUUUGAAGCAUAAGGGGUAUUUUCUGUGUGUACCGUUGGAGUAGGACCAUAGAUAUGGCGUGUUUAACCAGAAACAGCAGCGGUCGCGGAACCAGUACAGCAAGAAAAUAAAAGUGUGUGUCCGCUGGUAUCUUUUUUGGAAGACAAUGCCCUCCUGUGGGAUCUUCUUUUGAGCUUUUAUGUCGUUUCUUAUCUGCCCUUUACUCUAGUGGUGACUAUGAGAAACGUCUCCCGCCUACCAGCUCUAGCACAUACGCACACACUCACGCGCGCGCGCAGCACUUCUAUGUUUGUCAGAGUCAAAUCCGAGGGAGAGGAGCUAGCCGCCAUUUUCUAAGCGUCUCUCCCUAAAACGAGAGAAAACGGCUCGCGGCAAACUGCCGUCUGGAUUACCUCUUCCUCACCGGGAAUCGGACUUUUCGGUAAAGGAUUGCCGUGAAAUCGCCUACGUUUGAAGUAAUUUGGAGUAGAAAGGACGGUUUCGCGGCCUUGCCCUUAUAUUCGGCGAGGCUAGCUGGCGAGUAAGGUGUAGCUCGUUGAUUCGCCCAUUGCUGUAUCCGGAACGAACCCGAGCGGCUCUGCGCUGUGGACCCGGGCCCCUUUUCCUCCGCUCUCUGGUUGCAUUUAUUAUUUUUAUGGAUAUUAAUUGAUGGCUGAGUGAUCGAGUCAACGCGCCACAUUUUGUGCGUGUGUGUGCGUGUUAGCACCCUUGGAUUUUUUCCACCAGAAACUGCAGGGGAUUGUUGCCGAAAUUCCCUCGGAUAGUGCAACCUCGUCACGUGGCUGUCCUCAGGUGGGGCAGUAAGCGGGUGGAGUGGAGCAGGCCGCGGUGCCCGUCCCUCUGCACUGCAUGGCUGCGAUGGCGCCCGCUCUCACCGACGCCCCAGCCGAAGCUCACCACAUCCGCUUCAAACUGGCUGCCCCAUCCUCGAGUCUCUCACCAGCCAGUGCAGAGAACAACGGUAACGCCAGCAACAUCCUCAUCCACAGCAGCGGCCCCGCCAAGUGCAAGGCCACCUCCGAAGAGUGUCCCCUCGACUUUUGUGGCGGAGGCGGUAACCAGGAACAGCAGCAGCCACAGGCCCAAUCUGACUCUGUGUCCCAGGCCUCUGCCCUGGGCAAACUCCAGCCACUUGUGGCUUCUUAUCUUUACCCGGAUGUGACACCUGUCCCUUCAACUAAGGAGUCAAUUAAGCUGCAAGGAGUCCUCAUUAAACAGUCUGUGCUGAAAAGCCACAGAAUACUGCCCAACUCUCUGCUCAACGGCAGCGGAGACUUCCUCAGGAAGAGGCAGGCGAUUGAACUGUCGGGCGGCCAGCUCAAAAGUCUCAUGAGUGGCGGCACCAACGGAAGCGGCCAGCCCAUGGCACCCGUCAACGGCCUGGCCAAGAAGCUGGCCACCAUGUCCAGCUCUGGCUGUGUGGUCGCGGUGAAUGGCGACAAGCCUCCCGCCGCCACCGACUCUCAGCCCCAGAACCUGCCCUUUGACUCUGAGACCUUGACGGCGACCUUAACAGGGCACAUCCCUUUGAAAGGAGCUCUCAAACGGAGGCAUUCCUCUGGGGUUUCUCAAAACACAGAUGGACAAAAUGUCGAACCACCAGUGCUUCAGUCAGCUGCACUUUCUCCCUUUACCAGCGGCAACCCUAACCCAGUUGAACAGGCAAAUUUGGAGGAAGCAGAUCCAGAUACCCCUACGAGUCAGCCACAGGGUUCUGAUGGAGAGCGGCCAGGCAGCAGUCAGCAGGGCUCACCGCCAUGUACGCCUGCAGCUCCCAUACCCUGCGGUUCCUCCUCAGAUAGCCUCGACGCUCAUGUAAGAGAACGCACUCUUAUCAAUAGCAGCCGCCAAGCCGAGCUCGAGAGCCGACUGCGACGCCUGCACAAACGUCUUCAAGUGGUACAGGCAAAGCAGGUUGAGCGGCACAUUCAGCAGCAGCUGGGUGGCUUCUUGGACACGGCCUUGAAUCGGCUACUAGGCAGCAACCGGAAAUCAGAGACUGCAACCCCCACAGCUUCAUGGAGGACCGGGCGCCACUCGUCAAACAACCGGGAUGGUCUGAGUCGUUUCCUGAAAAGUGGCUCGAUGCCCUUGGAGCUGGAGAGGUUGUAUUUGAGUGGCUCAGCCAACCUUCAUUCAGCAGAAAGCGCCUUUGACUCUGAUGUAACAGAGAGUAGCUCUGGAGGGGACUCUGACCUGGAAGAGGAGGAGCUGUCCCGAGUGGACAUUGAGCAGCGGCAUGUCAAAAUAUGGAAGCGAGCAGAGAGCCGCUACACCGUGGAGAGAGCUGCCAUCAUCAGCCACUGGAACUGGCUCCAGGCCCACAUCUCGGACUUGGAGUACCGCAUCCGGCAGCAGACGGACAUUUACAGACAGAUCCGCGCCAGCAAGGGCUCAGUAGAGCUGGGAGGUGUUUCGCCAAGUGGGGUGCUUGCAGGUGGGACAGAAGUAAAAGCAGAGCCUGUAAACAUUCAGGACGCCGGUUCAGAACGGCUGGAGCACACGGGCACCGCCCAUAUCAGCAGCACAGAGCCGGGCCCUUGGAAAGGUCAAAACGGGCAGCCAGUCAACGGCGUCCUCAGCAGGAUGGCAGAGAGCACAGACGCCAAGCAUCAGCAGCCGUCGGCCUACGACAGCACAUGCGUGGCUGCACGUACGCGGCCGCUAAUCAGCUGCCGCCGGCGGCGACUCAUUCAGCCCAACACUGUGCCCAACCUUAACGGCAAGGCCCCGAGGAGCAGCUGCAUCCAGUGUAACUGCAGGGUUAACCCCACCUGUGUGAUGUGCGGUGGCUGGCCCACCCCCAGAGAGGACCCUCAGUACGAGCUGCCCACCCUGGAGCGCCUGUCAAGGCUGGAUCUUGGCGUCCACCCCAUCCUCUCCUUCCCCGACGACGUUUGUAUAGGUCUGCGCCUGCAGCAGGUGAUGAAGAGCCAGUGGCAGACCAAGUCACUGGAGAGGAGCAAACCACUGAAGAAGCUCUCCCUCAAACACAAGCUCUCCUCAUCCAAAGAGAAGCACAAGUUCACCAACUCGCUCAUGGCAGUCAGUGUUGCAGGACUGGGCCACAAGAGAAGUGCUGAGAAGUCGAGGACAGUUGACAGCAGCGUUGGCGGAGGCGGCGGCGGCAGCAGCGGCGUGAUGAACGCGGCCAGGCUGGAGGGCCAGGCUGUGUGCAAGACAGAGCGGCUGCAGGCCAUCUCGACCCCGUUAGGGCCGUACGACAAGAACUACAGCCGCAAGAGAAUAAGGGAGCACUCGCUGGAGAGAGCGGACUCCUCCCCCAAGCUCUUCAUGGACUCGAGCACCCCCUGCACGACUCUAGCCAACAUGCACUCGUCCCUGCACAGCCCCCUAACACGCCAGCUGUCCACAUCUUCAGAGAACUCUGUGCCGCUGGGCCUGAGCAGCCAGAGUGUCCUGAGCACGCCUCAGCAGCCAAUCAAGAGGAGGCGAGGUGAAAGCUCCUUCGACAUCAACAACAUAGUAAUCCCCAUGUCUGUGGCUGCCACCACCCGCGUGGAAAAGCUUCAGUACAAAGAGAUUCUCACGCCCAGCUGGCGGUGUGUGGACGUCUUCUCGCAGCCCAUAACCGAGGAGGAGAACGAACGCGAGGUGGAGGACCUGUCAGACGCAGCUUUCAUUCAGCUCCAUCAGGCCUACGAGGACCAGGAGCGCACUCGCUGGACUUGGAGGGCCCUGGCUCCUGCUAAGAGGCGGGGCAGCAGGUCGUACAAGUCCGUGGACGGGCGCACCACACCUCUGCUGUGCGGGACCAACCCGCCCACCCCUCAGCCCGCGUCCCCCGACCCGGGCCACUGCCCAAUGCUGCAUGACUACAGCUACGUGCCGUCGCCCAUGAGUCCCGCCAGCCCCGACACCGCCUCCAACCCCCACACGCCCUGCUCGAGGGACUCCCACCGGCUCCUGUCCAGUGAGGACACGCGGUGCUCCACGCCAGACUUCACCUUCGAAGAGCGGACGGUGGCGCCGUGGGAACGCCGGUGCUUCCCCCUGCCCGAAGACCCGGCCCCAGAGCCCGAGUCUGAGAGCGACCACCAAGUCAGGCCCAGGAUGCGCAGCAUCUCAGGUUGCCGAGCGAUGGCCUACGGACGCCUCGAUUCGGAUGACGCAGAGCCGCCCCUUGACGACGAGAACAGUGGCGGCGCCCUAAAACACAAGUCCUCCACCCACCGAUGAAUGAGGGCCCCCCCCACACACCCACACACACACAGCUCCUCUCUGGCAUUAACAAGCAGAACCUCAGCGCAGAAUAACAUUAAAUGGGUUCCUGUUGUUUGAUAUUCAAACAUCAGUCUAAUACUUUCACAGUUUUUAGUGAACAUUACGGAGAUAGAAGCCUUUCCCGACACUUGUUUUUUGUCACACGAAAGAAAAAAAAAAAAAAAGAUAAAUGUUUAAAAAAAAAAAAAGUAUAAAAACAACACGUUACAAAAAAAUUUCUGUAGUAGGCUAAACAAUGUACAUGGGGGCUUAGUGGUGUUUCAUACGUCGCGUGUACACUCGUAGCGCACUAUGUAGCGGACUCCUCAAAAAUAUGGCCAAAGGGUUUUUUUUGUUUUUGUUUUUAUUGACUAGUUUGCUUGUAAUUCCCAUGUACAUUUUUAGUGGAGUGACAAAUAAAACAAUAAAAAAAGGAGAAAAAAAAUCAGCCCUUCCUCUUCCUCCGCCCCCUCAGACCUUCCUCAUCCAAAUAAAACGGAUACAUUUGAGAUGUGGUUCCCCCUCCUUCCACUAGAGGUCGCCUGAACUCACCAGAGCACUUCUUUAAACUGCCAAGUCUGGUUUGCUUCAUUAUGUUUGUUUUUUCAUUCCUGACGUGUUUUUGUUAGUUUUUCUCUCGUUCUGUUCUGACUCAUCCUCUUCUUCUUUUUUGUGCGUUCCUUUUAAUAGUAAAUCAUUCCUUUUUUGAUCUCCCGCCGCUGCCUCUGUUUUCAGUUCAGCUUCACAGAGGGCAGCACAAACAGACGCGGCGUUUUUAAGUUUGUUUUUUAUUAGUGUUUUUUUUUUUUUCUUUUUAAAGCACUUACCCCUCAAAGCGCCGCCGCUGCAUGUCAGCAAACACGCUUGCGUCCGAUCCCGACGGCACAAAGGCGUCCACUUAAUUUAAAAAAAGAAAAGAGGAAAUGGAAACGUCAAAUCGCAGCGCGGCAAACAAACCCCGCCCUCCCUCCUCUCACAUUUCACAUGUAGCAGCUCUCAGCUGAAGCCGCCCUGAGCUCAGGUUCUCCAAGGGAAAAAAUCUUCUGCUGCCCCCUCCGACCGAUCGAUCGAUCGAACGUCACACUCGGACCGGAUUUUAUUUUCACCACAUCCUCCAUAUAACCUCACACACUCCUCCUCCUCCCUCCACCUUAAAGUAACUAAUUGCUAUGCAAAAAAAAUCUAUGGUUUUUCAUUUUACACCUUUUUAUCCCGCAGCCAUUCAGUCACUGUUUGUUUUUUUCUUUUUUUGUAGUUAAGCGAGAUGUCGAUGUACCUGUUUGAUUGUUGCAGCAGUUAUAACCUAAUCAAAAAGCUGAAUUGUUUUUUCUUUUUUGUAAAUAGUACCAUUAAAACAUUUAUGUUUAACUUGGUGCCGUGGUCCUGCUCUCAGCUCAUUUGAACCUGUGUGAUGUCACCGCUCGCCUCUCGCAGGUGUAGCGCUGCGUUUGUCCUCUGGAUCCAGGUGUUUGAAUGCAGACUUUUCAUAGGUGGUCCUGAACGAGCCAGAAAUCUACAUUUUUACUGUCAGAUUUGAUGAAGUGAAACAACUGUGAUCAGCGUCCUGAUUACACCACCACCUCCACCUGCUGCGUCUGGAAGUGUCAUCCUCACUGACGUGUCCUGUUUUAAAUCCAUAACAGACCAAUUAGAACGCAGUAACACGCAUGAUUUAUGUAGAAAGUAAGAUUUUCUUACAAUGAAGCGAGGAGUUUUAAUUCUGACUGACUUUGUCAGAGGUGUGAAAGGUUCACAGCUGGGGUUGAACGUACGCCCGGGCUCACGGGCACUCAGGCAGUGAUUAAAUGGGGAGUUGAGGCAUCUGCUGGAAAAAUCAGCAGCGCUUUGAGCAGGUUAACAGGAAAUGGAGCGACUCUUCUUUCAGGGUGUGAAACUCUAGAUUAAACAGCUGAAAGGAGUUUCAAUGCCACAACUUCUUUCAGUGGAGAGGUGACUGGUUUAAACAGUUUAGUGGUUAAUGUGUCUGCCUCACCAGAGAAAGCUCCAGUUGACUCCCAGAAGAAGACCCAGUUAUCCUCUGGGAUUAUGUCAGGAAGAGAAUAAAACAUGAGGACUGACCUGCUGUCAGGAGCCUGAGGAGGAAGCUGCUGCUUUAAAAGUACAACUAGAAGUCUUGUUUGUAGACACACCUACAAUCUGCAGUUAGACCUGGAUUGUGGGACGAAACUGAAACGCCACCUGGCGGCUCUGAGACGAGAGCGACCUUCCUGUUGUGACCGCUGCACCAAUCCUCAGACUGCCGGCUCAGAAAGCUUCAUUUCAGCUGAAUGAUGUCCAUAAGUGUGCUAACCUGGCACUAAGUAACAUUGUUUUGACAUGGGUGACCUUUGACCUGUUACUACAGUUUAAAACUGAGUGUGAAAACUUUUUGGUUGGCUAAAACAUUUAUAAAAGUAUUUUGGGCUUUAAAAACAAAACCUUACUUGAUGAAAUUGUUAACAGAACUUGUGGCUGUUUAUUCAAACUUGGCUGUUUUUAUGAUGCCUGCUGUGAACUUUGAACUGAAAGAAAUUAAAAAUAAAGCGAACACUAAAGAAAAAAGCAUAAACCUAUAGCUAUAGCACUGCUAUUUUCUUAUCGCUGACAACUUAAAGGUGCUUUUUGUUUCAACGUGUGAAUGAAAACAUUCACCACCAGAGGGCAGCAUUUCACCAGUAGGUGCAUUUUAACGUUUCCAGAUGUUUGCUGCUGCUCGCGUCCUCUAAAGUCUAAUCGUUCACCAGGCUGACAUUUUAAAGUAGAUCACUUACCUUAUUUAAAAAAAACGUAAGCCUGCAGUUUUAAAAACAAUUAAUCAUAAUUUAAAAAAAAAAAAAAACACCUUCUAGAGCCUGAGAAAAUUCAGUGCUCCAUCUUGUGGUGCAAAGUGGUAUUACAUCAAAGUAUACAGCUGCUUCAGAAAUAAAACCAAAGCAGGUUUUACCUUUAAUCAAUGUUUAAGUGCCAGUGUUGGCCUCCAGUGACUGCUGAGGGCUUCCUGCUGCUUUGCUGAUAAUAUUAAAGAACAGAAUAAUUUGGACAGAUUGUGACUUUUACGUUUAUUAGUGAAUUUCGAUAUAAUUGUUGUCUGCAGGUCCCAGGGUUGAUUGUUGUGCAGCUGCACUAAGAGGACGACCUCAUACUGAACUCUGGAUAAAAUAAGACUGAAACAGGCCUUUUAAAAGUAAUUUCUAAAUUAUUAGCUUAAUCAUUUUUAUUCUUUAAAUUAAAAGUGAUUUUUUUUUUAUUACAGUGACCGUUUCAGCUUUUACACACUAAUAAAUUUUCCCCCUCUUUUUCACAGCUGUUGCAUUUUGCUCGUAUAAAUAAAAAGGAAAAAGUUUCUCUUAUGUUUCGUAUUUCAUAAAUGCAGUAAAACACAUCGUUACUGUAAAGAAAAUGUAAAGCACCAAAUAACAUAAAUAUUUGAAUUCCGCUGGAAACAGAUGAAUGAGUCCCGUCUGAUCUGGGAGUGAUUUUUUUGCACUCCUUCACCACCACGGUGACUUCAUAGCAUUUAUUUUCAAAUACACAUAUACAGCAACAAGAAUCAUCAUAAACCAGUUAUUGAGAAAAUGCACAAUAACGAGAACAAUCACAUUUCCACAACUGUACAGCGUCAGAAGUAACCCCGAAGAGAGGAAAACAAAAACGAAAGAAGGUGACGAGUUUUGUUACUGUGGAAACCUCUCGGAGAUCGGCUCCCGUCCCUGGGUGCUCGCGUCCGUCCUGCACGCAGAGACGAGCGUGGAACUGGAACUAAAGAGGGUUUAGCAUGCAGAUAAUGUUGCAAGCUUUUCGUGUGCUUGCUCGUUUAGGAAACCUUACAGCAAAGUCGGUGACCUUUUGACCCUUAAUUGCACAUUUUUUUAUACAAAAAAAAAAGAAAAGAAUUGGUACAUCCGUCCAGUUCCAGAGCAAAUAUAAACAGGAUAUACAGAGAGAUCGCUUUGUGAAAGGGGGGCAACAAGCAGACGGCUGUCUCUUACAUGAGCUGCAUGCAAGAAGCUGUUUCACUCAUUUUAAUGCGAGUAAUGAAUCAGCGGGGGGGCCACAUCGGGACGUCUCUGAGCACAUGAACUGGGUUUGUUUGCAGGGGAACGUCUUAACCUGGCUCCAGCUGGAGAACACAACAAAAACGUGACCACAUAUGCACCGCGUGGACAAAAGUAAGUGGACGCACCUGUCUGGCUCAACCAUUUAAAAGGGAUCAUAUUUUAAUCUGAUACUCGGGCACUUUUGCUGCUUAAAGGAAGGUCCAUCUAUCCUUUAACUUUGACGGGUUUUUUCCCAGUGCCAAAAACUGCAGUUCCUCUGAUGGCCACUUGAGGCUGCCUCCAUGUUCAAACAACAACCUCACAGUGGAAAUAAGUGUUGGUUGUUAGGGCCAAAUGAUGCGCCUGUGGCUAAAGCACCAUGAAGGCAGUGAAAUAAUCACCUCCUCUAAAUAUUCCUGUUCUGGCCUUUUGUCAGAAUUUACUGAGAAUUUAGACACAUUUUCUAAAAGUUAAUUAAACACUGAGUCACAGUUAAAUGUAACGGCUCAUCAAAUGAAUCCGAGAAAGUACCAAAACCCAAAUGGCAAGUAAUAUCCGGCCCAAGUGUGAGGUUUCUUUUUGUUAUCUGGGACCACUGUGUGCUGUGGCGUUCAGGUCUCCUCUGGCCCACCAAACACUUCCUGUGACGCUCAUCAAGCCUCACUCGUGACUUUGGGACUACUGCUAAAAAUCUGCAGCAGAUAAGCUCUCAUGCGUCCACAAACUUUUGCCACGAAGUGCACUUUUACUACUUUGCAGGGAGCGAGAAACACGGCCAUCUGAUCAGUCCUGUGUUUCAGGUGCAUGUGUGUUGGAUACAGACUGCCUAAGGAGGUCUUCACCGUCCGCCUGCCGUGCAACAAUCACAAUCUUCUCCGUACAAACGAUCCAUUAACAGUAAAACAGCCGUUUUCAGUGUUUGUGUCACCGCUGUGAAAACUUUAGUCUACCUACCUGUAAGUGCAUAAAUACUGUUCUCAGCCGCCUCCUCACAGUUUAGCUAUGAAAAUGUCACUUUAAGGUUAAUUUUCCCUCCUCAAGCUGUAGCGCAUUUACACAAAGCAGUAAAAAAAAAAGAACACUGACAGUAGCAGGCACGA